AGAAAGCUUGUGUACACUUGCACCAUGUAAUAUACACUCAAUCCAUUAGAUGUCGACAUGGCACGAGCACGAUUGCGGUACUGUGUAACGCAAAAUGACCAUCAAUGCGCGUCGCCACUGGCUGGACGCCUUAUCAUCCGCCACUGCUGUCCUCCUCGCGCUCGCAGGAUUUAGGGCGGACGAAGCAGACGUUCGGUCCUGAAAUGAAUGCAUGAGCGCAACAUCUCUAAUCUCGGCGCGCGAUCGGAUCAGGCUUUGUCAAAUCUGCUCUUCAAAUAAUGCCAGACGACGGCCGCACUUGUUGCUGAUGGUAAGAUCGCGAAACGCUGGCAACUAUUGCACCACCUGCAUUGUGCGAAGUAGACAGUGGGGUCAUGGCGCUGCCGUCUAACGAUUACCACCACGAACUUUCCGAUUUAGACCCCGAGGAAGAAAAUCGAUCACAAAAUGAUCGCCUCGCCGUUCCUAGACGACCAUUCUUCCGCCAGCACACGGAUGUGUCAACGUCCUCGACAAGCCACCUUCUGCCUCAGCACCAUCAUGUCACGGACAGUUCCAGCUCGUCAACGGACAGGCCCCUUCCACCAAUCCCACAGCCUGCGUAUGACUACGGGCCGGCUGCCAAAGUUGAGCACAAUGAUUAUUCGAGGAUACCUCGGACUUACUGGAACUCGAUCUGGCUGCGACGAUGGACCUUGAUAGCGUUUGCGGCUCUCUUUGCUAUUCUCGCAGCGUGCAUGAUCGUCCUGUGGGCUGCGAACAGAGCCCAGGAUGGUUUUCGCCUUACCUUGUCCGAGAACCACUAUGCAUGGACUUACGGUCCCACUGCGCUGUUGGUGGUAAUUGUCAGUCUUUGGCGGCAGGUGGACUUCUUCUGCAAGACAAUGCAACCCUGGCAUGAACUCCGCCAUGGCUCAGCAAAAGCUCAGGACAACGUCCUCCUUGAUUAUGUCUCGCCGCCGAACUACAUGACAUUUCUUCGAGCUAUAAAGCGGAAUCAUACCGCCGUGGCAUCAUCAAUCGCUGUAUUCGCUCUGCUGAAGUUGAUCAUACUUCUCUCUACUGGUCUUCUAGUGCUUUCGCCCACGCUGAUCGACGGCCAAACGCCAAUCACUCUGACUACCAGAUUUGACCCCAAUGCUGUGCAGCUGACCACCGCUCAGGAUUUGGGACUUUACUAUGAUUCGCCUAUCUACCGCAAUUUGAGUGGCUUGCCGUUGCAAACAUAUGCUGGAAUGCUCGAAGGAAAUGUCUCCGAUCCGGUUGGAACUUUAGGCGUUCAAGCCUUUCAAUCUUUUGCACUUCCGUCAAAUACGCCGGCCAACAAUGUUACUGCCGUAGUCGAUGUAUUCAACCCCAGAGUGAGUUGUGAAGUCGCCAAGACUACGUUGUCCGCCGACAGCUUAUCAGUCCAACUGGAGUCAUCGACCUGUCCUCUCGGCCCGCCGCGACACCCCAUAAAUGCAGAUUGGAACGACUGUGGAGGAUGCGCGCCGCAGCGAAUAGAAUAUGAUUUUAUGAGAGUCAAUUGCUCAGGAAACGCACAUCAGAAUCUCUCGGCCAAGGUCAACCUGGAUGCAACCGUUUCCUUCGACCUUCGAUAUGCACUAGUCGUACAUAACGUGACAUACAAACCCAUCAAUUAUUCUGCGUCAGCUAGGACUGUGCAGAAAACUUCUGCAGUCAUAUGCAAGAUCGAUUACUCAAUCGACCGAAGCAAUGUUUCAUUUGACUACCCAACAAAUUCGUUCAUGAUCGGCAGCUCUCCACCAGGUGCGAGAUUGCAGAAUUUCACCGACCUAAUGCUGGGCGAGGUCAUCUUUGCAAGUAUUGAACAGGCGACGAAUCUCAAGCUGAACGUGUCAAAGCAACGGGAAGAUAACGACUUCCAGUUCAAGACUCCUCUUUAUUACGUGCUGGUUCGGACUUUGCAGGGACAGCAAUCGCUUGACCGGCUCUUGGUGCCGGAAACCUUGCAGCAAGCUAGUACUCAGGCUUUGAGUGGCAUAUCCGCACAAUUUUUCCAGCAGAGAUUUCUCCAGCCAGCAAAGAUCGAUUCGAUCGCGCGCAGAAGGUUUACAGAGGCCCGAUUACAUGUCACGGCGUCGUCAAUCUGGACCAUGCUCGCGGGCUUCCUCUUACUGAGUAUGCUGGCAUUGUACAUUGGAUUCAGCGUCAAAGGCGAUCUCGUUCCUCAGAAUCCCACCUUGAUAUCUAAUGCUGCUACGGUACUUGCUGCGAGCCCUUCGAUGCGCGAGCUUCUCCGUCAUGCAGGAAGUCUGCGGACAGGUCAGCUCACAAGACUCCUCGGUGGCUGCGAAUUUCGAUCUGUUGUUGGCGAGAGAUUCACUGUCGAGGGUGUCAAAUUCGCGCCACGAUCCAGCGACGAUGUUGAAGUCAAGAUAAAGAAACAUGCAUGGCAUCCAAUGGCCGGUCGUUGGUAUUUCAUCACAGCGACAUUUAUCAGUCCUAUCUUGAUGGUGAUUGCUCUCGAGAUUGUCUAUUUGAACUCACGAGACAACAGUGGCAUUGCCGAUGUGACCGGUACUGAGGAUCGCGCAUCAGCGAUAUCACAUUAUUUCUCGGCGCUAUUGAUGCUCCUCGUCGCAACAUGCUACAACAACCUCGACUUCACAAUCGCUACAUUCGCGCCAUACAGUAUGAUGCGCUCCGGCGCUGUGCCAGCUGAUCGCAGUGUUCGAUUUCAAGUGCUCGGCGAGCUUCCAUUUGUGGCUCUGUGGAAGUCGAUCUCACUGCGACACUCAGCUUCCGCUCUGUCCAAUCUUGCAGGAUUGGUGGGCAGCGUAUUGACCAUCGUGGUCUCUGGUCUCUGGGUCAUAGAUCGAAGCGUUAUCUCUGCGCAGCCAAUUCAAGCUUCGCUUGCCCACACUUGGAAUGUCAGCUGGUAUAACAGCUCGUCCGUCGGUGACGGGGGCGCGGCAUAUCUUCUGGAUCGAAUCGACCACGGCAGCGAUACCCUCCCCAACACGAUUUGGGACAAUUAUGUUCUGCCCAUAAUGAGCAACAUCACGACUGGCAAUAGCCCCAUGAUCAAUCUUGACGCUAGCCGGGGAUCGCAGAAUUUCACCUUUGAAGUCGACGCACUGCAGGCUGUGUUGGCAUGCGAAAUUGUAGCUGACGAGUAUAUCCGCAUCGACUUCAAGACAGAUUUGACCCACGGGGACUCUGUCCUCCUCGGAGCAUCGCCUCCAUUACCACCAGGCUGUCGCUUUGCCGGACCCAACGGCACCAAUAGCUCCUAUUACUUCGAAACCUAUACCAAUCUGCCGAAAAAUGUGACCAAUCCACAGUGGUCUGGUGCGUUUUAUGAUCUCCACCUUGGCCCAUACUAUUCCGGACCCAGUAUUGCAACACCCGGCUUUAGUGAAAGCGGACAUUCAAAUUCGUAUCAAAGGGAUAAUCCGGCUGGUUGUCCAUCAAUCGGAGUCAUUUACGGGAGAGGUGGGCGUGACAUGACACGAAGUGAUGUCACAGCCCUCAUGUGUUCGCAGAAAGUGCAGCAGUCCACACUCCGCAUCGGAUAUACAAAAGACGGGAGACCCGUGGUCGACAACACGGCUGCGCCUGUGGUGAUCUCAGGAUCUUCACGUUUCCUGACCAAUGGCACAGAUGGCAUCGAUACUUUCCCUUAUCGCCCGGAACAAUACCUUGCCGGCGACUUCAGCGAUCUUACGUAUAUCGGGGAACAUUUGUACCCAUUCGAUGAGUUCAUUGAUCAUGUGGUUCACGGUCCUAACGGAACAUCUCCUGCUGAUCUCGCGGGCGUAGCCAACCGAAACACAUUCAUUCAGGCCGUUGAGCGGUUUUAUGCGCGGUAUAUGAGUCUUGUGAUUGACGCCAAAUUCCGGCAGCCUUUGAGUGCCAGUAGCGGCGGCUUCUCAAGUACCACUCAAACCAAUUUGGUUCGCGGCACUGUUGCAACAAAAGGUUCCCGACUUCAGAUGGAUCGCACCUCGAAAAUAAUACUGCAGGUCCUGCUCGCCGCUAUGACAGUUUUUGGCCUCGUCGCCUUCCUACUCAUGGAUCUCCGCGGGACGCUCCCGAGAAAGCCUACGACGAUUGCCAGCGUCGUGGCAUUCUUGGCUGAUUCGGACUUUUGCAGUCCUCAGCGAGAUUUGCUCCCUACGCGAGCAGAAUGGCUUAGCGAAGGAGAAAUGGAUCGGUUGUUCCACGGCUGGUUAUUCAGCAUGGGCUGGUGGCCGGCGAAAAAGAAAGAAUCGGCCGCGCAACGCGAUUCCUCAGCUAGCCACUCGCAGAAAGCAAGUGCGGAUGGGAAGAGAUUUGGUGUGGAUGUUGGCAUUCCUGAGCAGUUAGGCUAUCGGGAGACGCGAUGGUGGAAAGUCCGAAGACGAGUCGGGCAGCCUUGGGCACGAAUAAGGAACGAUUCAUAA